AUGGUGUGUGUGUGUGUGUUGUUAAGCCCUCGACCACUGAGAGUAAUAACUAUUCUUUAUCCCUCUCCCUCUAUCCCUACUGUAGCCAUGCAUCUGUUUGGUCUGAACUGGCAGCUGCAGGAGACAGAGGGCUACGCCUUUGAGAACGGCCAGGGGAAGUCAGACACCACACCCAACACCAUCACCGCACUGUCUGCUGAUAACGGUAAGGAGGCUAGAACACACGCACACACACACAACACACACACACACAACACACAACACACACACACACAUACAAUACAUACAUACAUACAUACAUACAUACAUGUACAAACGCGAGCUGUCCAGUGACACGAGCCUACCAGACGAGCUAAAUUACUUCUAUGCUCGCUUCGAGGCAAGUAACGCUGAAACAUGCAUGUGAGCAUCAGCUGUUCCGGACAACUGUGUGAUCACGCUCUCCGUAGCCGAUGUAAGUAAGACCUUUAAACAGGUCAACAUUCAGACGGAUUACCAGGAUGUGUACUCCGAGAAUGCGCUGACCAACUGGCAAGUGUCUUCACUGACAUUUUCAACCUCUCCCUGUCUGAGUCUGUAAUAAUAACAUGUUUCAAGCAGACCACCAUAGUCCCUGUGCCCAAGAACACUAAGAUAACCUGCCUAAAUGACUACCGACCCAUAGCAGUCACAUCUGUAGCCAUGAAGUGCUUUGAAAGGCUGGUCAUUGCUCACAUCAGCACCAUUAUCCCAGAAACCCUAGACCCACUCCAAUUUGCAUACCGCCCCAACAGAUCCACAGAUGAUGCAAUCUCUAUUGCGCUACACACUGCCCUUUAACACCUGGACAAAAGAAACACCUAUGUGAGAAUGCUAUUCAUUAACUAGAGCUCAGCGUUCAACACCAUCGUGCCCUCAAAGCUCAUCACUAAGCUAAGGACCCUGGGACUAAACACCUCCCUCUGCAACUGGAUCCUGGACUUCCAGAUGGGCCGCCCCCAGGUGGUAAGGGUAGGUAACAACACAUCCGCCACGCUGAUCCUCAACACGGGGGCCUCUCAGGGGUGUGUGCUCAGUCCCCUCCUGUACUCCCUGUUCACUCAUGACUGCAUGGCCAGGCACGACUCCAACACAAUCAUUAAGUUUGCUGAUGACACAACAGUGGUAGGCCUGAUCACCGACAAUGAUGAGACAGCCUAUAGGGAGGAGGUCAGAGACCUGGCCGUGUGGACAACAACCUCUCCCUCAACGCGAUCAAGACAAAGGAGAUGAUUGUGGACUACAGGAAAAAGAAGAGGACCGAGCACGCCCCCAUUCUCAUCGACGGGGCUGUAGUGGAGCAGGUUGAGAGCUUCAAGUUCCUUGGUGUCCACAUCACCAACAAACUAACAUGGUCCAAGCACACCAAGACAGUCGUGAAGAAGGCACGACAAAACCUAGGAGACUGAAAAGAUUUGGCAUGGGUCCUCAGAUCCUCAAACGUUCUACAGCUGCACCAUUAAGAGCAUCCUGACUGGUUGCAUCACCGCCUGGUAUGGCAACUGCUCGGCCUCUGACCGCAAGGCACUACAGAGGGUAGUGCGUACGGCCCAGUACAUCACUGGGGCCAAGCUUCCUGCCAUCCAGGACCUCUAUACCAGGCGGUGUCAGAGGAAGGCCCUAAAAAUGGUCAAAGUCUCCAGCCACCCUAGUCAUAGACUGUUCUCUCUGCUACCGCACAGCAAGCGGUACCGGAGCGCCAAGUCUUUUACUGCUGCUCUUUAAUUAUUUGUAACUUUUAUUUCAUAUUAUUAUUAUUGUAUUUUUUUGUGUGAUUUUUUUUGGUAUUCUUUCUUAAAACUGCAUUGUUGGUUAAGGGCGUGUAAGUAAGCAUUUCACUGCAUUCGGUGCAUGUGACAAAUAACAUUUGAUUGAUUUGAUUUGAUUUGAAACACACACACACUGACCAAUUGGGCCCUGUGUGAGUAGAGUGGCCAGAGGCUUCAAAGGGCCAGUAUUGAUGUGCUAAGUCCCAGUAUUAGGAGAGAGGGCAGUGAUCUGACCACAUACAGACACGCAAUGGGGAGGAAAGUCAUGGUGUUUAACCACACUGGUUAUAGCUCUUACAUUUUACAUAGUCAUUUAGCAGACGCUCUUAUCCAGAGCGACCUACAGGAGCUAUUAGGGUUAAGUGCCUUGCUCAAGGGCACAUCGACAGAUUUUUCACCUAGUCUGUUCGGGGAUUCGAACUAGCGACCUUUUGGUUACUGGCCCAGCGCUCUUUACCGAUAAGCUACCUGCCUAGCUAUAGCUCUUACCUUUUAGUGCUGUUCAUAUGGUGGUUGUGUGGGUGGCCUUGUGUCUGUAUGGAGCAACCCAAGGAGAAUGCAUAGUCAGUGGGAUAAACCACCUCUCACAUCUGCAUCAAGCCUGCUUUGAUCUAUUCACUAAACAUUGCACUGAAGUACUUGGCUUUCUCCUACAGAAAGAGAUUCCUUUUAAAGUGUGAAUGUCAGAUUGCUUUGUCUAAAGAUAGGAUUUUGAAGGCUCUACCCGCACGCACACACACACAUACACACACACACACACACACACACUGCCAUUAUUCAUCCAGACCCAUUAUCCAGAGGCAUAGCCCAGCCACCAGCCAAAUGGUGUGUGUGUGUGUGUGUGUGUGUGUGUGUGUGUGAAGACUGCCAGCCGGGUCACCCUCCACUGCAGUCACUCUCUCAAACUCUAUUUGCCACUGACCUCCAGACACACAUUGUAUCCUCAUCGGACACACACUGCAGCUCUAAUAACACACACACACACUUUUUGUAGCUGUCUUACACGCCAAUGUUUCUCUCUAUCGAUCCCUUUCUCACACCAACACACAUACACCUUUGUAACACACACACACCUUUUCCAUGUCCGCCAUCACUCUGAAUCCCCUGUGGAGAGGAGAGGAGAUGGUGGUACUGCAGGUGUUUCAGAUAGUACAGACUCUGUGUUGGUCUCUGUAGGCUGAGGUGAGACAGAGUGGCUUUUUCUGGAAGUGGACUGACCUUACAAACUAAGUCCAUGACACUGGGCAGCAGAGAGCUGACUAGAGCAGGGUUUCUUAAACUAUGGGUCGGGCCCAAAGUGAGCCCUGGGCAUGUGAUAGGUGGGGUCACGAGUUAUGAGAAUACAUCUAUAAUCACACACUUUUUCUUCUUAAUUUGGGUCGAGUAUAGACUAAAUGUAUCCUAGUGGAGAUGAAAUAAAUCCAUGACACUGGGCCAUCAUACUGCAGAGAGUUGAGGAGAGAAUGGACUAACAUGAGCCCCAGUACUUCCACCACUGUCUCAUCUCCCACUGUUUGACAGGCUUAGGCUGCGUCCCAAAUGGCACCAUAUUCCCUAUUUAGUGCACUACUUUUGACCAGGACCCCAUAGGUCUUUAGUCCAAAGUAGUGCACUAUAUUGGGAAUAGGGUGCCAUUUGAGAUGCAGAUUAUCUUCUUCUAGUGCUAGUGAUUUGAUGGGUGUCCGUGUGUUCCUGUCCCUCCAGUGCUUGUGUCCUGUAGAGUCGUCCUCCUCCCCCUCUCCUAACCUUCGCUGACACAAUUAGGUUGAGACUCAUUCAGUUCUGAGACCAGGCCAUCUCUCUCUCUCUUUUAUUCUCUCUCUCCCGUUAGCUCUCCUCGCCUUUUGGUAUUGCCUCGACUCUCUCUUGUAUUCCUCUCUUUCUCUUAUCUCUUUUAUUAUCUCUCUCUUUUAUUCUCUCUCUCGCUCUCUUUCAUUCUCUCUCUCUCUCUCUUUUAUUCUCUCUCUCUCUUUCUCUCUCUCUCUUUCAUUCUCUCUCUCUCUCUUUUAUUCUCUCUCUCUCUUUUAUUCUCUCUCUCUCUCUCUUUCAUUCUCUCUCUCUCUUUUAUUCUCUCUCUCUCUCUCUCUCUCUCUCUCUCUCUCUCUCUCUCCAUCAUGUCUCUUCCACUCACCAUGUCCCUACAAACAUCCCUCCCCUCUUCCCUCCAUCCCUGUCUCCUUUCUUUUGAUGUGGUUGUUUGUUUGGUUAGAUAAACAAAUAUCAGACAGUACAAGGUAACAGUGACCAUCACCACCAUUCAUACAACAUUCAGACAUACGGAUCUCUAACUGAAGUGACCUGAGAGGCUAAAAGUCACUGUGGAGGAGGAGGAGUGGUAAUGCUAAAAUGAUAGUGUUUACAUUAACGUGAGGAAGUAAUGAACGCUCUCCCUCCCUCCCUCCCUCCCUCCCUCCCUCCCUCAAUCCUCUUUUCUCUCCUCCUUCAACUAACCUUGGCCUCCUCUCUCCCUCUUACUCUUCCUCUCUCUCUGUGUGAGCCAUCAACUGUCUGCAGUGACAGCCUGUGGCUUUGUUCACUGAUGUGAAUGAAUGGACUACCACAAAUAGACAUGAGCACAAACACAGACACACAAACACACACAAACAGACACUCACACACACACACACACACACACACACACACACACACACACACACACACACACACACACACACACACACACAGAGACACACACACAGACACAAACAUACACACACACACAGUGUUAGAAAGGUAAAGUGCAUUUAAACAUACAUGCACACAUUGAUAAAUAUACACGGACUCUCCCUUCACACUCUCAUCUCAGUGAGUGAGUGAGUGUGUGUCUGUUAGUGAUGCGCGGGUCAACUGUUUGUUGACCUGGACCCACCCGCAAUUGCUAAUAACCCGUCUGCAACCGCCCGACUAGUGAAAAUGUGAGUCCUGCGCCCGACCCUAACCUGCAAAUUUAGAACAUGUGCUGAACAGUUCCUUUUUUGUCCUUUUUGCCUCAGUGGAUCGCCGUUAACUUUUUCUGCCCAAGAUCCCAAAAGCAUUUGGCAAUUGGCGUGUAUUUGGCACGUGUACAGUUAGGCCCUAAAGCUUAGGCCUACGCACUAAUGUCAGAUCAAAAUAAUGAAAGAAAACCUCAAUGUAUCCUGUAGACAUGAAUUGCACAGGAAUUAUCAUACAUUUAUGGAUUUUUCUAUGACUUGUUUUCUGUUUAUCCAACCCAAAUUAAGAUCUGACAUCUGUAUAAUCGCGGGGACUGCGGGUUAUGAGUCAACCCGCGCAUCGUGUGUGUGUGUGUGUAUAUGUGUCAAUACCUAUCUUUGGACUGCAUGUUGUUGUUCACCUCUGUGAUAGGCAGGUAACCUAAAAGCACUCUCUCUAUAAGAGAGUCUACCCAGGGGAGGAAGAGCAGGAGCGCAAUCGCCUUAGUGCACUCACUCUCUCACUCACUCUCACAGAUGAUUGGAAGUGUUGGAUUGAGGUGCACUGGGCGAGAGGACAGGGCUUUGUUGACAGGUCCAGAUGGAGUGACACAGGAAAGUGUUGAAGACAGUGUAGUAAAGCUAGAAGACAGUGUAGUAAAGCUAGAAGACAGUGUAGUAAAGCUAGAAGACAGUGUAUUAAAGCUAGAAGACAGUGUAUUAAAGCUAGAAGACAGUGUAUUAAAGCUAGAAGACAGUGUAGUAAAGCUAGAAGACAGUGUAUUAAAGCUAGAAGACAGUGUAUUAAAGCUAGAAGACAGUGUAGUAAAGCUAGAAGACAGUGUAUUAAAGCUAGAAGACAGUGUAGUAAAGCUAGAAGACAGUGUAUUAAAGCUAGAAGACAGUGUAGUAAAGCUAGAAGACAGUGUAGUAAAGCUAGAAGACAGUGUAGUAAAGCUAGAAGACAGUGUAUUAAAGCUAGAAGACAGUGUAUUAAAGCUAGAAGACAGUGUAGUAAAGCUAGAAGACAGUGUAGUAAAGCUAGAAGACAGUGUGUAGUAAAGCUAGAAGACAGUGUAGUAAAGCUAGAAGACAGUGUAUUAAAGCUAGAAGACAGUGUAUUAAAGCUAGAAGACAGUGUAGUAAAGCUAGAAGACAGUGUAUUAAAGCUAGAAGACAGUGUAGUAAAGCUAGAAGACAGUGUAGUAAAGCUAGAAGACAGUGUAGUAAAGCUAGAAGACAGUGUAGUAAAGCUAGAAGACAGUGUAGUAAAGCUAGAAGACAGUGUAUUAAAGCUAGAAGACAGUGUAGUAAAGCUAGAAGACAGUGUAGUAAAGCUAGAAGACAGUGUAGUAAAGCUAGAAGACAGUGUAGCUAAAAUUCCAUAACUAGAACGAAAUACUCAUUACAUUCACACAAUUUUACGUUUACGUUUACGUUUACGUCAAUUUUAUGCAUUCAUGAUGUACACACACACACACACAAAUAUUUAUAGAACUGUGAAUAAUUAUAUGGUCUGCCUUAUCAUUUUAGGCAUCAUGUGCAAUCUGAUCUGUGUAUGUAAUCUGAUCUGUGUAUGUAAUCUGAUCAGUGUACAUAAUCUGAUCUGUGUAUGUAAUCUGAUCAGUGUAUGUAAUCUGAUCAGUGUAUGUAAUCUGAUCGGUGUAUGUCAUCUGAUCUGUGUAUGUCAUCUGAUCAGUGUAUGUCAUCUGAUCAGUGUACGUAAUCUGAUCAGUGUACGUAAUCAGAUCUGUGUACGUAAUCAGAUCUGUGUACGUAAUCAGAUCUGUGUAUGUAAUCUGAUCUGUGUAUGUAAUCUGAUCAAUGUACGUAAUCAGAUCUGUGUACGUAAUCAGAUCUGUGUAUGUAAUCUGAUCUGUGUAUGUAAUCUGAUCAGUGUACAUAAUCUGAUCUGUGUAUGUAAUCUGAUCAGUGUAUGUAAUCUGAUCAGUGUAUGUAAUCUGAUCAGUGUAUGUAAUUUUAUCAGUGAAUGUAUAGCUGUCAGAGCUGGCAGUGUCUAGCCUGAGCUGAAGCUGCUGCAUUAUUAUCAUACAGUAGUCCUGGCAUAGGGCCAACCACACACACACACACACACACACACACUGUAUGCACACAUACACACACACCAUUGUCUCUCUCUCCUUGUUCAUCCUUGUCCUUGUCGAUGCACCACAUAACCCUGACAAACCACAUAAUCAAGAGAAAGGCUUUCUCUACUUCUGCGUUGAUCUAGUUCUGUCAGUGAUGUUCCAACAAUUAAGAACCAUUAAUACAGAUUACUGUUAUAGAGUCCAGACUCCCGACAACACUCAAUACAUUGGCAACACUGUUGAGCCAUAGUGGAUUAUAACAGAGAGAGAGCCAGCCGUUCUAAGAAAGCAGUUUUUUCCAAAGUGGUUGAUUGAAUAUGCAUCUACUGUUGCACACAAGAAAAUGUUAUGUUGACGGAUAGUUCGUUUUUCUUAACCCUCCCGUUGUCCUAGGGUCAAAAUGACCCGCCACUGUGUUGAACCAACUUUAUUUAAUUUGUAUAUUUUUGGGAUCAUUUGUGAGAGGGAGGCAGUGAGACUUUAAAGAAAGUAUCACUGCCUCCUCACAAAUGAUCCAAAAAAUAUACAAAUUAAAUAAAGUUGGUUCAACACAGUGGCGGGUCAUUUUGACCCUAGGUCAACGGGAGGGUUAAGUGAAUCAUGUUUUCCAAGUGGUUGUGUGUUCAUGUCCGUGUGUGUUUGUGUGGUUUAGUGCACUAAUAAAUAGAUGCUCAUCUUUUUCUCAUGUUGGUGGACUGGACGGUUCAAUACACAGCAUGAAAUUGAUUGUGUUACUAUUCAAACACAUCUCAUCUUUACUGCUUGAGGGCAGCAGCAUCUCAUACAUACCGUAAAACUUCGCCAUUUCAUUUGAAGUUUUACAUUAUGAGGUCAUUUUUUACCCUAGCUCACACAGAGAGAGAGAGAGAGAGAGAGAGAGAGAGAUAGAGAGAGAGAGAGAGAGAGAGAGAGAGAGAGAGAGAGAGAGAGAUCAGUGUUUCACUAGCAAGCAGCAUUUUGUGUCUAAUUGCUUCUUUGGACAGUGGAAAGGGCCCUUUGUACACGUGUACUGCAUCACACAUUAUCUCUCUCUGUGGCGUUAUGAAUCUCACAGGUCCCCUGAACCACUCACACAUACACCACAGGUCCCCUGAACCACUUCUGCAAUAAUUAAUGGAUUAUUAACAACAGCUGCUGUCCAUUAGUAACUGUAGGAGACCAGUCGAUUCCCCCGUGACCGCCAUUUUCUCUCUCUUUCUCACAAACACACAAACACACACUGUGUUACUGUGUGGAUGGUAUUGUGUCCAACUCAUGCUUAUGUAUUUGUAGGGAUGUUGUGUGUAUGGUGAUGGGAAAUGUCUAGACAAGCUUUAUUUCCCAAAAUAAUAGUCCCCUCGGAUCCUUAUGCGAUAAAUUAUAAUAUUACUGGUACUAUGUGUACCAGAGUGAGUUUGGGUUGGUUAAUGUAGUGGUGACAGACUGAAAUGGGGUGUCUGGACCAUAGAAAUAAAAUAACUAGAACAUUGACCAUUGACUUGAAUGGAAAUGUCCUUUCUAGUAAUUGUAUUUCUGUGGUUGUAACAUUAGCAGGCGUUUGGCACUGCCCAAUGGUGUUACAGUAGUUUGGUGCUGGUUCCCUUCUUUGCUACAUUACAACAACCAUAACACAGUACAAACAGAUCUGAGAACAGGCUACUGUGCUGCCUACUGCCUCAUUACAACGACCAAAAGGAGUCAGGCGCAGGAGGGUAUUCACAGAAUACAGAGUUUAUUCCUUCAUUGACACAUAAAUGCGCUCAAAUAGCGAUCAACGAAACAGGCACAGGGGAAUCUCUCAUCCCUGGCAAAUACACUGUAACGGUAGAAUCCAAUAAUACAUAGGCACAGGGGAAAAUCUACCCUGGCAACAAAAUGUACGAGUAGCUCCACCGAGCUAUACUACUCUCACAACUAACAAUCACCCACAAGGACAAGGGGGCAGAGGGAACACUUAUACACAGACUAAUGAGGGGAUUAGAACCAGGUGUGUGUGAUUAACAAGACAAGACAAAUGUGAUGAUGAUUGGGGCGGCAGUGGUUAGUAAGCCGGUGACGACGAACGCCGAAGCCUGCCCGAACAAGGAGGGGAGGCAGCCUCGGCCGAAGUCGUGACAAUAACACAGUACAAACAGAUCUGAGAACAGGCUACUGUGCUGCCUACUGCCUCAUUACAACGACCAUAACACAGUACAAACAGACCUGAGAACAGGCUACUGUGCUGCCUACUGCCUCAUUACAACAUUACUCUAGUAGCCUAGUGCCUCAUUACAACAUUACUGUAGCAGCCUCAGGAAACAGUCAUCAUGCAUGGUUGAUAUGAGGAUUACCAUCUUAAUGUGAUGGCUGAAUGCAGGCCGCCACUUACAAUCUAAACGGCUGUAUUCAAAUGCAUAGUGAUGAUGCCUUCCUCCAUUCACUUUCAUCAUUACAAGUACGUAAAACGUUUUCAUGUUGUCCAAAACUGGAACCAUAUUUCUGUCAUUCAGAAUGCUAAUCUCUCUCCCCCUCCCCCUCCCCUCCCCUCCCUUCUCCCUCCCCUCCCCUCCCCUCCCCCUCUCACUCCCUCUUUCUAGGUAAACUAGGGGUGUUCCUCCAGGAGAACAACACCAUAGACACAGGGGAGGUGGACGUGGGGCGCAGGGCCGUUCAGGAAGUCCCACCAGGGAUUUUCUGGCGCUCCCAGCUCUACAUUGACCAGCCCCAGUUCCUGAAGUUCAACAUCUCAGUGCAGAGGGAUGCAUUGGUGGGGGUCUACGGCAGGAAGGGCCUGCCCCCCUCGCAUACACAGGUAGGAAGGGCAUGCCUCCCCUCCCCCACACACACAUUAGGCUGGAGGUGGAAUUGGACUCUCAAACAUACAGGUAGGGUGGAAUCUCAAAGCUCAUUGGAGGAGAGGAUCCAAUGUCCCUCCCCUCAGACAUCUCCCUCCAAUGAGCUUUGAGAAGGAGGCAACACAUUGAGGAAUCAAGCAUGGGAGGCAUCAAGGAUUUGAAGGCUAGUUAAGUUUUCAGACAGAGCCAAUGUAUCAUCUUUAACAAUGGCAGAUAUAUUCCUCAAGGGCACGGCAGAAACACUCAAUUAAGCCAUGCAGCCUCCAAAUGAAGCAUACACACACUCACUCACUCACACACACUCCAAAUGAAGCGGCUGAAGCCUAAUAGAGGUAAUUGGCGACAAAGGUCUUCACAACGCUGCGCGUCGAUACCCCGGAGUGGAGCGAGAGCGUUAGCUGGCGCCGUAGCAUUAUUUGCUCUGUGUGGUAAAUCAAUAUGUUUCUUUAAUACGUCGGAGAGGACAUAAUGAGGGGAUAUUGACGGACAUGUUGGAUGAAGGCUGAGGAAGAGACAGGGAAUUAAGAAGUGUUAAUUUUUCAGGUUUGGUCUCUGUGGAUGCACAAUGUGGAUGGUGUGUGUGGUCGUGGCAGGAAUUCAUAUUCUUCUCUUUUUGGGGAGAAAAGCAUUCGUUCCACGACAGACUCAUUAGAAGAGAUGGGGAAAAUGUUAAUAGAAUCAAUGUUUAUGGCCACUGUGAGAUAUAAAACAUUUAUGGCCAGAAAAAUAAAAGGGAAAAUGUUCCAAGUCAUCCGAGGCCAAACGUUAGUUAAACCAUUAGUGUUGAAGGACUAGAAACAGAUGAAAUGGAGUCAAGGUGAAGCUUUGCUGUUUUUCUCAAUGUUCCUUUAGUCUGAUAUUGUGUGUGUGUGUGUGUGUGUGUGUGUGUGUUUGUGUGUUCUCCAGUAUGACUUUGUUGAGCUGCUGGACGGCAGUCGCCUGAUCACCAAGGAGAAGCGCGGGCUGGUGGAGUUGGAGGGCGUGUCUAGGCGGGCGCGCUCGGUGAGUGUGCAUGAGGCGGGCUUCAUCCAGUACCUGGACUCUGGCAUCUGGCACCUGGCCUUCUACAACGACGGGAAGAACUCAGAACAGGUCUCCUACAACACCAUCGUCAUAGGUCAGUACAUGUAUGUGUGUGUGUGUGUCCGCAGCGUGAGUCAGCUCUGCGUAAUGUGUGGCCACGCAGUAAGUGGCUGGAGAGUUGAGGCCCUACAUCAAAGCACAGCACACACCCCUUAGUGGCCUGUUCUCUCUAUAUAUCUCUCUCUCUCCCUCUUUCUCUCUCUCAUUCUCUCUCUCUCUCUCUCUCUCUCUCUCUCUCUCUCUCUCUCUCUCUCUCUCUCUCUCUCUCUCUCUCUUUCUCUUUCUCUCCCUCCCUCUCUUCCCACCUGCCAAAGAACAUGGUAGAACUUUGACUGCCUUAAUCAAAACACUACUCUCUCUCGCCAUCUCAAAUUCAAAUGGAUUGUUUGUCCAUCAGGGGAUCGUUGUACGAACGCUAUAAAGGUUGGACGGGGGAUGAGAUACCUUCAUGCCCCUGCAAUAAGCACCAGAGAUGGCGGAAGGUUUUGGGAGGGUUAUAUGGGCGUUGUGGGAAAUGUUUGACCUGACUUAAUAUCCUGUGUCAGACCCUUGUGUAUUGCAUUUCCACAUCUCUCUGUUGUUCUGAAAACAUCUGAAUAUCUACCUCUUUAAACAGUAUCUUAAAUUAUCCCACAGCACAGCAUCAACAGCACACACACACUCACCAGCUCUUAACCUUUAGCCUGAACCUUUAGCUAUAUUGAGAAGUCCUGUUUGGCAGUACAUGGAUCUAGCGUGGUGAAAUACAGCCUCGUGUUGGCUUGAUAUUUACUGAACCACGCAAUGACAUGCCUGGUACAACUUCAGAGAAAUCAUUUCAAUACCUUAAUUCCCUCUCCUGACCUGGAUCAUGUACCCAAAAUAGAGAGAGACAGGGAGGAGGAGGGAGGGCUGAAAAGAAUGGUAAUUUUGAGCCAAUGGUGUAGAGGCCAGAAUGAUUGGGGGAAGAGAGUGAUAGAGAGAUAGAAGGAGAGAGAUGGUAAAAGGGUGGUAAGAUUCUGUCCAUCUUGUAGCUAAAGAGGAGUGCUGGGAGUGUGAGCUGGAUGAUUGGUGGUAAUAAGGUGUUGAUUGGUGGGCUACGGCAAGUAGAGAGGCCCAGUUUGUCUCAAUCAGGAAUAUGGAGAAGGUGGUGAUUAGAGCAGGGAGAGGAUGUGUGUGUGUACUUCGAUCGGCCUGGCUAAUUAUCACUCUUCUAUUUCAGGAUAUUGGCCUCGUUCGUAUUCUCUCUAUCGCUAUAUGCACACCUCUAACUCACACAAACAUUCACUAACACUCUCUUCUCGCUCUCUCUCUCUUCAGAGUCCGUUAUGGAGUGUCCCCACAAUUGCCAUGGCAACGGCGACUGUCUGUCUGGAACAUGUCAUUGCUUCCCAGGGUUCCUUGGGCCUGAUUGCUCAAGAGGUAAGGCACACACAUACACACACACCAUUUGAGAGGAGUAAACCCACUGUCACCUCCCAUAAUUGGCUGUAGAUUGUUGUCCCGGCGAGUACAUACAGAAGCCAUGGAGGCAUUGAUUCAGACACACUGAUGCACACACACACUCUCUCUCACACGCUCUCUCUCUCUCGCUCUCGCUCUCUCUCGCUCACUCACUCACACACACACACACACACACACACACAUAUACACACACACACACACACUCACACACACUGAUUCAGUCAGUCAGUACCUCUGUGUCUCUGCCUACUACUACCUCCAUCAAGGAGGCUCUCUCCAGCUCCCGUUUCAUCAUUAUACAAUACUGUGUGCUUGACUGGAGCUCAAACAAAGAGAAAAGGGGUCUCAAAAGUCAUUAGAAAGUAUAAUGUCCCUCCAUCCAUCACUAUUCAUCAGCACUCUGCUUAUAUUCCCUCAGAAUUAUACUGAAGAGCUGCUGAAGUGACUUCUGUGUCCAUUUGUGUCUCGCUAUAUAUAUCUUAUUAACCUGGUGAUACCCUGUAUAUAUCUUAUUAACCUGGUGAUACCCUGUAUAUAUCUCUAUUAACCUGGUGAUACCCUGUAUAUAUCUCUAUUAACCUGGUGACACUCUGUAUAUAUCUUAUUGUCACGGUCAUUAUAGGAAGCGGACCAAGGCGCAGCGUGAUAGGCGUACAUACUUUAUUAAGUACACUCACGAACAAAAAACAACAAACGAUACGUGAAGUCCUAGGUUAAAUAACACAAACCUUUCGGAACAAGAUCCCACAAUAAACAGUGCAAAACAGGCUGCCUAAGUAUGGUCCCCAAUCAGAGACAACGAGCUACAGCUGUCUCUGAUUGGGAACCACCCUGGCAAACGUUCUAGAACAACACCCUAGAAAACAAAACAUAGAAACUAACACCCUGGCUCAACAUUAAAGAGUCCCCAGAGCCAGGGCGUGACAGUACCCCCCCCCCCCCAAAGGCGCGGACUGCGACCGCGCCAACCAAACACCACAGGGGAGGGGCCGGGUGGGCAUUCCGCCUCGGAGGCGGAUCCGGCUCCGGGUGUGACCACCACUCUCUCUCUCGCCCUCGUGGUCUGGCCCUGCUGGCCGGAGCUGGACUGAACACCGGUGGAGCGGAUUGCUCUGGCUCCGGCGUGGAGCAGCUGACCGGUGCCGGACCAGGAACCGGUGGAACAGGCACAGACCGUGCCGGACUGACGACGCGCACCACUGGCUUGGUGCAGGGAGCGGGAACGGGCCGGACCGGGCUGACGACGUGCACCACUGGCUUGGUGCGGGGAGCAGGAACGGGCCGGACCGGGCUGACGACGCGCACCACUGGCUUGGUGCGGGGAGCAGGCACAGGCCGAACCGGGCUGGCGACGCGCACCACAGGCUUGGUGCGAGGGGCAGGAACAGGCCGGACCGGGCUGGCGACGCGCACCACAGGCUUGGUGCGAGGGACAGGAACAGGCCGGGCCGGACUGGCGACGCGCACCACAGGCUUGGUGCGAGGGACAGGAACAGGCCGGGCCGGACUGGCGACGCGCACCACAGGCUUGGUGCGAGGGGCAGGAACAGGCCGGGCCGGGCUGGCGACGCGCACCACAGGCUUGAUGCGAGGGGCAGGAACAGGCCGGGCCGGGCUGGCAACGCGCACCACAGGCUUGGUGCGAGGGACAGGCCGGGCCGGACUGGCGACGCGCACCACUGGCUUGGUGCGGGGAGCAGGAACAGGCCGAACCGGGCUGGCGACGCGCACCACUGGCUUGGUGCGAGGGGCAGGAACAGGCCGGACCGGGCUGGCGACGCGCACCACAGGCUUGGUGCGGGGAGCAGGAACAGGCCGAACCGUACUGGGAACACACACCACUAGCCUUGCGCGGGGAUCAGGAACGGGCCGGACCGGACUGGUAACACACCCCAGUACCUCUCGCCGUGCCUCUACACUCUCCUUCCCCCUCAUGACCAAUGGCCCCCAUAACCUGGUGGCCUCCUCUCCUAGUCCGCAAACUCGCCCUGUAGCUGCCUCCAGCAGCCCCGUCGUCCAUGCCGUGUGCCCCCCCCAAAAAAUGUAUUGGGGUUGCCUCUCGCCUGUCCGACGACGACCCGGUUGGCACCGCUUCUCCUCUCCUGCCUGGGCAUCCUCCCUCGUAGCGGACGGCCUCCUCCUCCGUGAUUCUCCCCCAACCGAGGAGGACAUCUACCAGAGUAACCUCCUGUUCCAUACCCGCCGUUUGCUCCUGCACACGCUGCUUGGUCCUAUUUCGGUGGGAUCUUCUGUCACGGUCGUUAUAGGAAGCGGACCAAGGCGCAGCGUGAUAGGCGUACAUACUUUAUUAAGUACACUCACGAACAAAAAACAACAAACGAUACGUGAAGUCCUAGGUUAAAUAACACAAACCUUUCGGAACAAGAUCCCACAAUAAACAGUGCAAAACAGGGAACCACCCUGGCAAACGUUCUAGAACAACACCCUAGAAAACAAAACAUAGAAACUAACACCCUGGCUCAACAUUAAAGAGUCCCCAGAGCCAGGGCGUGACACUUAUUAACCUGGUGAUACCUUGUAUAUAUCUUAUUAAUCUGGUGAUACCCUGUAUAUAUCUCUAUUAACCUGGUGACACCCUGUAUAUAUCUCUAUUAACCUGGUGAUACCCUGUAUAUAUCUCUAUUAACCUGGUGAUACCCUGUAUAUAUCUCUAUUAACCUGGUGAUACCCUGUAUAUAUCUCUAUUAACCUGGUGAUACCCUGUAUAUAUCUCUAUUAACCUGGUGAUACCCUGUAUAUAUCUCUAUUAACCUGGUGAUACCCUGUAUAUAUCUCUAUUAACCUGGUGACACCCUGUAUAUAUCUCUAUUAACCUGGUGACACCCUGUAUAUAUCUCUAUUAACCUGGUGACAACCUGGAUAUAUCUCUCUUAUUAACCUGGUGACACCCUGUAUACCGUAAUUUUCGGACUAUAAGCCGCGCCUUUUUUCCCAUUUUUCGACCCUGCGGCUUAUAUAACGGUGCGGCUAAUCUAUGGAUUUUUACAGCUAACGGCCACUAGAAGACCUCCUAAAUCUAUGGAUUUUACAGGUUACAGUCCACCAACUUUAACUCUAUGGGCUCUAUGACCGGUCCGCGCCCCCCACCUUUAAGCGGCGGGCUCCAGCAGGAAAAGCUGGAGGCCAGAAAAGAGUGAGACAGGUAGCGCGCAAAAGUAAAAGUGGAACCGAGAGUGGUACGAGAGACAGAACGAGAGCAGUGUUGAAAAGUUUGUGUGUCUGAAACGCUAUGUGAUACAGUACAGUUUACACAGCACAGUAUAUGUUCUGUAGCUACUAUUGCACUAAAUGGUAACACUUGAAUACGUUAUGCAAAUAUGCAACUUGUUUGUUGAAAUGUUAAUAAAUGGGAGCUUCCUCAAGCAGCCAUCUCUUUCCCGACAAUCCCCUCUGUGCACGAACCCUUACAUAUGGUAAUUAAACAUUAAAACACCUGCGGCUUAUAGUCCAGUGCGGCUUAUAUAUGUACACAUCAUUCAAUUUAGCUGCUGCGGCUUAUACUCCGGUGCGCCUUAUAGUGCGGAAAAUACGGUAUAUCUCUAUUAACCUGGUGACACCCUGUAUAUAUCUUUAUUAACCUGAUGACACCCUGUAUAUAUCUCUAUUAACCUGGUGAUACCCUGUAUAUAUCUCUAUUAACCUGGUGACACCCUGUAUAUAUCACUAUUAACCUGGUGAUACCCUGUAUAUAUCUCUAUUAACCUGGUGACACCCUGUAUAUAUCUCUAUUAACCUGGUGAUACCCUGUAUAUAUCUCUAUUAACCUGGUGACACCCUGUAUAUAUCUCUAUUAACCUGGUGACACCCUGUAUAUAUCUCUAUUAACCUGGUGACCCCCCGUAUAUGCAAAAUUUUACUUCAACAAAAAAACGUUUAUAAAAAAUAUUGCAAAAACUUUGAAAUGGAACUUAUAUCUCAUGAGAAUAUGUUGCUGUGCAUGCAUGUGUGAAUGCGCAUACUGUAUAUGUGUAUGCUUGUGUGUGUAUUUAUGCACAUACACGUGUGUGUAGUCACAUGUCCCUCUGUGUCUCUUUGCAGCUUCGUGCCCCGUGCUGUGCAGUGGGAACGGCCAGUACUCCAGGGGUCGCUGCCUGUGCUUCAGUGGCUGGAAGGGGACAGAGUGUGACGUGCCCAGUAACCAGUGUAUAGACAUCCACUGUGGGGGACACGGCAUCUGUAUCAUGGGCAUCUGUGCCUGCAACACCGGAUACAAGGGAGACAACUGUGAAGAAGGUAAGAGAUCAAUCAAUCAAUCAUCCAACCAAUCAAUCAAUCAACUAAGUUGUAUUUGUAUCAACAGUUGUCACAAAGUGCUUUAGAGUAAAUUAGCCUGUAUGCAUCUAUUGUAGAAAUAGGAUGAAAGCCCAAAGAUGGACAAUAGACAAUUGUACCAUACCUACAGAAUAUCUUAUACACAUCAACAGUGAUUGGGAGAUGGGAGAAAGGAAGGAUGUAUUUCAGAAGUAUUGACUGCUGUCACUCUGUAGCACCGCCAAGCCUAGAUAGGCCAGAUGAAAAGUAUUGGCUGCUGUCACUCUGUAGGGCCGCGAUGCAUAAACAGGCCACAUGAUAGGUUCGAUCAUCUUACCCAGAUGUAUUAAGCCAUUAGCAUGAGAUCAUAGAUUCUCAUUGUUUUUCCUGCGAAAGGGAUCUUUUGAUCUGCCCUGUCCUUUUCCCCCUCUCCUCGGUGUGUGUGUGUGUGUCCGUGUGUGUAUGUGUCCGUGUGUGUGUGUGUCCGUGUGUGUAUGUGUCCGUGUGUGGGUCCGUGUUUGUGUGUGUAUGUGUCCAUGUGUGUGUGUGCUUGCGUUAGCGUGCGAGUACGUGUGUGUGUUCAGACACAUCCUCUUCCUUCCUUCUCAGCCAGUCAGUCUCUGAUUGCUCAGCGUUCACCAUCAUAAUCGCUACCCGCCAGUUAAUAGUUCAAUAUUCCAGAAACAAUUGCUACUCUCUACUUCACAGAGCAAAUAAUUACAUUGCUGUCCCCGUUGAUGCGUGGCUUGAGACACACACACACACAGACUCACCUCACACACACACGCACAUACACAUGCACCACACACACACGCGCGCGUGCAUACACACACACACACACACACACACACACACACACACACACACACACACACACACACACACACACACACACACACACAAACACACACACACACACUGACAGAGAAUUGAGAAUAUUAGAUUAGCUAAAUUAUCCUGGCAUGUACCUGCUACGCUAGCCUACAAAACAACCCAUCAGAAGGCUAGCACUGUCUGUACAUUAGAUCCAAUUAUUGCGCAUCCCUAUAGGAGAAAAUCUAAUCUUCGCUGCUCAAUAAAAUUGAUCUCUGCCAACCUCCUUCUACUGUAUAUCAUCUGCACACACACACACACACCACAAACCGAUGCUAAUGUAAUUAGUUUGCAGUGAAUGUUAUUGUGAGUUCUGUGACCCAGUCAGUAGUCAAUUGACUGAUUAAGACCCAUCAUCACCAACACAGCAGAGUGAAGUAACUGCAGCUCAACAAGCAUCAGCCCCAGGCAACUUGCUGGGCAUCAGCAGACACUCACAAACACAGAGAUACUAUACACACACACACACCGACACACACAAACACAAUUCCACGGUUCCACAGUGAGUGUUUGUGUACUGUAUGUUUACAUUUGCUCUGUGGAACAAUCCAAAGUUACAGCAGUUGGUUGGGAAUUGAUUGAGCCAAAUCAACCUCUCUCUCCUCCCCCUCCUCCCUCCAGUGGACUGCCUGGACCCUGGCUGUUCAGCCCAUGGUGUGUGUAUCCACGGGGAGUGCCACUGUAGCCCAGGCUGGGGGGGCACCAACUGUGAGAUCCUCAAGACCAUGUGCCCCGACCAGUGCUCCAGCCACGGCACCUACCAGAGCGAAAGCGGCACCUGCACCUGCGACACCAACUGGACUGGCCCCGACUGCUCCAUCGGUACGUUGUUGGUGUGAGCACGUUGUUUGAAUGUUGUUAAAGGUUAUAAGUUGUUAGCAUGCUAGCCUUCACUCAGAAGUACUACAUUUUUGGUACGUUGUUAGCACAUUAGCAUGCUAGCCUCUCAUUAACUCAGCAGUAUUACAUUUGGUACAUUGAUAGCAUAUUAGUAUGCUAGCCUCUCAUUAACUCAGCAGUAUUACAUUUGGUACAUUGAUAGCAUAUUAGUAUGCUAGCCUCUCAUUAACUCAGCAGUAUUACAUUUGGUACGUUGUUAGCACAUUAGCAUGCUAGCCUCUCAUUAACUCAGCAGUAUUACAUUUGGUACAUUGAUAGCAUAUUAGUAUGCUAGCCUCUCAUUAACUCAGCAGUAUUACAUUUGGUAUGUUGUUAGCACAUUAGCAUGUUAGCCUCUCAUUAACUCAGCAGUAUUACAUUUGGUACGUUGUUAGCACAUUAGCAUGCUAGCCUCUCAUUAACUCAGCAGUUUUACAUUUGGUACGUUGUUAGCACAUUAGCAUGCUAGCCUCUCAUUAACUCAGCAGUAUUACAUUUGGUAUGUUGUUAGCACAUUAGCAUGAUAGCCUCUCAUUAACUCAGGAGUACGACAUUUGUUAGCUACUACUCAUUCACUACGUGGAAAUCUAGUAGAGAUGUCAUUCACAUUCACAGAGCUUCUCUCACACAGUUGUGCCAUGGCCUUCCCAUCUACAGUGAGGGAAAAAAGUAUUUGAUCCCCUGCUGAUUUUGUACGUUUGCCCACUGACAAAGAAAUGAUCAGUCUAUAAUUUUAAUGGUAGGUUUAUUUGAACAGUGAGAGACAGAAUAACAACAACAAAAUCCAGAAAAACUCAUGUCAAAAAUGUUAUAAAUUGAUUUGCAUUUUAAUGAGCGAAAUAAAUAUUUGACCCCCUCUCAAUCAGAAAGAUUUCUGGCUCCCAGGUGUCUUUUAUACAGGUAACGAGCUGAGAUUAGGAACACACUCUUAAAGGGAGUGCUCCUAAUCUCAGUUUGUUACCUGUAUAAAAGACACCUGUCCACAGAAGCAAUCAAUCAAUCAGAUUCCAAACUCUCCACCAUGGCCAAGACCAAAGAGCUCUCCAAGGAUGUAGACCUACACAAGGCUGGAAUGGGCUACAAGAUCAUCGCCAAGCAGCUUGGUGAGAAGGUGACAACAGUUGGUGCGAUUAUUCGCAAAUGGAAGAAACACAAAAUAAAUGUCAAUCUCUCUCGGCCUGGGGCUCCAUGCAAGAUCUCACCUCAUGGAGUUGCAAUAAUCAUGAGAACGGUGAGGAAUCAGCCCAGAACUACAUGGGAGGAUCUUGUCAAUGAUCUCAAGGCAGCUGGGACCAUAGUCACCAAGAAAACAAUUGGUAACACACUAUGCCGUGAAGGACUGAAAUCCUGCAACGCCCGCAAGGUCCCCCUGCUCAAGAAAGCACAUAUACAGGCCCGACUGAAGUUUGCCAAUGAACAUCUGAAUGAUUCAGAGGAGAACUGGUUGAAAGGGUUGUGGUCAGAUGAGACCAAAAUCGAGUUAUUUGGCAUCAACUCAACUCGCUGUGUUUGGAGGAGGAGGAAUGCUGCCUAUGACCGCAAGAACACCAUCUCCACUGUCAAACAUGGAGGUGGAAACAUUACGAUUUGGGGGUGUUUUUCUGCUAAGGGGACAGGACAACUUCACCGCAUCAAAGGGACGAUGGACGGGGCCAUGUACCGUCAAAUCUUGGGUGAGAACCUCCUUCCCUCAGCCAGGGCAUUGAAAAUGGGUCGUGGAUGGGUAUUCCAGCAUGACAAUGACCCGAAACACACGGCCAAGGCAACAAAGGAGUGGCUCAAGAAUAAGCACAUUAAGGUCCUGGAGUGGCCUAGCCAGUCUCCAGACCUUAAUCCCAUAGAAAAUCUGUGGAGGGAGCUGAAGGUUCGAGUUGCCAAACGUCAGGCUCGAAACCUUAAUGACUUGGAGAAGAUCUGCAAAGAGGAGUGGGACAAAAUUCCUCCUGAGAUGCAAACCUGGUGGCCAACUACAAGAAACGUCUGACCUCUGUGAUUGCCAACAAGGGUUUUGCCACCAAGUACUAAGUCAUGUUUUGCAGAGGGGUCAAAUACGUAUUUCCCUCAUUAAAAUGCAAAUCAAUGUAUAACAUUUUUGACAUGCGUUUUUCUUGAUUUUAUUGUUGAUAUUCUGUCUCUCACUGUUCAAAUAAACCUACCAUUAAAAUUAUAGACUGAUCAUGUCUUUGUCAGUGGGCAAAUGUACAAAAUCAGCAGGGGAUCAAAUACUUUUUUCCCUCACUGUAUAUCCUUUCUCUGUAUCUCUCUCUCUCUUUCAUUCUUUAUCUCUCUUUUCACUGCUGCUUUGUUGACUAAUGCUGUUAUGAAGGCCACAGUGUGAUUUUUAUAUUAACUGUGCUCAGAGAGGAGAGAGCACAUUGAUCUGAUACAUUUUUCAUUUGAAAGAAAGCUGUGUUUAGCAAAGAGUCAGCAAAGAGAAGGAAGGGUGGAGGGAGAGCAAAGGCCGCGGGUUUGUAAUUACACUGAGUAUAAAUUUAAUAAGACUGUACUACUAAUUACUAGAGAACAGAGAGGGAGGGCUGGAGAGAAAGAGAGAGACUGAGCAAAAGAGAGAGAGAAUGGAGGGCCAUUCCACACCAGAACAGCCCGAAAAUAUUGAUUGUUCUGGCAAUUCUCACAUAGAAACUUCAGUGGCAGGAAGGAUGUUUGAUAUUUCUAUCACUUUUUUUGUUUUUUUAAAUCAUGAGGAAGUCGAAAUUUGAGGCCCUUUUUAGACCUAUACAUGCGUUUUGUAAGACCAUAUGAUCUGUGAACCGUACAUGAUACAGACAACAUCUUGGUGUCAUUAUACUCCUUAUAGUGUGGUCUAACAUAUGGACUAUGUCUAGAUUCUGAUAUGUAAAAUAUACAAAAUACCCUUUUUUAUCUUGUUCAUUUUAAGACGUAUCGUUUGGAACAAUAUACUCUACAAGUGCAAUAACUUUCCAGAGUGAAAAAAAUUAUAACAAUGUAGAAAGCAUGUCAAACAUCCUUCCUCCCAAUGAAGUUUCUAAGUGAGAAUUGCCAGAAAAAUCAGAGAUAACCUAAAUAUUUUCUGGCUGUCCUGGCGUGGAAUCGCCCAGGAGAGUGAAAGAGCGAGACAAUUACUUAGACAGAUGGAAUAAAGGAAAAACAGGAAUGAAAGAGAGGAGAAGCGGGAUGUUUAGCAGAAACCUCUAUUCUCUUCUGUGUUUGUUAUUGUUUUGUCUGAGACGGUUUGGUCUGGACCGCCUGAGACCACAGUGACCUUCAGACAGAGCCUCAGUCUGGUCACCCCUCCAGGCCGCUCUCUCCCUCCCUCCUCCCUGUUUCAGACAGCGCCCGCCACGUCUCACACUCACAUCCACACACACACAACGCCCCAGCGACACGGCGAUGACAGUGACGCACAGCUCCACUUCCUGACACACAACACACUCUGUCGCACGCACGCACUCUCUAUCUCUCUCACACACACUCACACACACACACACAGUGGUAAUGGCAGCUCGCUACAGGCAGCGGUGGCCCACACUGAGAGAAGCCCCUCCAGGGGGCUUAUGGAACUUUAGAGACAGAGAAAGACUGAGCGGUCGGGGGUCUGUUGGUCUUGUGGUCGUACCUGGAAUGACUCAGAGAUUUACCACUGACUGAUAGCUAGUCUAAGAGAACUCCGCUUAAUCAAUGUCUUCUAUCUAGCCACUGACUUCAACCCGGAAUUGCUCUCUCUUAGCCACUGUCUGAUAGCAACGGUCCUAUGGUCGAUUAUUUGUCACUGCCUCCAAAGAGUCCAAGAAGUGCUAACACUUUAGAUGGUGUUACUCCUAAACCUGUGUUAUAGCACUGUAGGUGGUCAACAUUGUAUGAUGUUCCAGUAUUACUACAGUCAUCUGUCCUGUUCUGAACUCUGACACAGGUCUCAUCCAGCCUUUCUACUGGGUUGUGUGUUUCUACAGGACAGUAUUUCAGUAAGAGGUAAAUACUGUAGUCAGCCAGGGUGUGUCUAUCUGAGUAUAGUCUUCACCCUGCCAGACAUCUGCUGUCUGCAAUCCGGACUGUCUGUCUGUACGUACAGACCUGCCAAGACAGACACAAGACAACAAAUUGAGACUGUGGCUCAGUUGGGAGAGCAUGGCGCUUGAAACGCCAGGGUUGUGGGUUCGAUUCCCCCGGGGGACCAGUACAAAAAUGUAUGCACUCACUUCUGCUAAAUGACUAAAAUGUCAUGUUGAGUGUCUCUCGCUCUUAUAUUUUGUGCAAACAACAAUUCAUUCAAACACCGCUCCCGUCAGUUUAUAUUUCAAGGUCAUAUAAAUAAAGACGUUCCUGUCUUCUUCAUGUAACUGCAACAAAAAGGCUUAGAAUGAAAAACAAGUGUCACUUCCACUCAGAGCUAAAAGUGAUUGGUGGAAUUUUAACGCACACUUCUGGUUCAAAUGGUCUAAACUCUGAAGAACAGAACAGAGACAAAAACAGAUUCCCUCUCAACUGACAACAUUCCAUCAGUCGGUAGUCUGUACCAAACAAGCCCAGAUUGUGUGCAGGCGUCCAUCUAUGGGCCCCACUGCAGCAGGUUUGAUUUAUCUGUGGUUGAUUGGAUUGGUUGUCAUUGGGGUUCAGGCACAGUGGGAAUCCUUGUGUCUGGCUGGCUGGCUAACGGUGUCUACCAAUACUAGUGUCUACCGUUAUCUUAUUCUUACCCUGUCUGAGGUAAAGUUCAACACGUCUACUCUCAUAGCCUGAACUGUCCAUACUCUAUCAUCACACUUCUGCCCACACUAGCCCCCCCCCCCCACACUCACACACACACAUACACACACCCCAUAUCACCAACACCAACACCUCAAACCCACCGCUGGACCAUUCACCCCCACCACCGUGCCCCACCCAGGCACCUCCAAAACCUCCCAGACUCUUCAUGUUACACCAUGUCAGCCACGGGGGACAGACUUGUCAGGGUAGCAAGGUGUUAUUUGAGAAAUACCAGGCUGACAACCAUAUCCACCCGACCCCCCCACUGCCAGCCCAAAACACAAUAGUCGAAGCAUUGUGCCAACGGAGACCCUGCCUGGCUACAGUUGAAACAGAGAUAGAUGAAGCCUUAUGUCUGUUUUGUUUGUAAUUAAUGUGUUUCAACAACUACUUCUAGGUCUCAAAGCGGGUGACAUCACUUUGCACAAUGGACACUACUAGCACAAACAGCUAACUAGCUAGCGAUUCCACAUCAUUACACACUGACACUAACAUGUCCUUCUUUGUGUGUGUGUGUGUGUGUGUGUGUGUGUGUACAGAGGUGUGUGCGGUGGACUGUGGCUCCCACGGCGUGUGUUUCGGGGGAAGCUGUCGUUGCGAGGAGGGCUGGACGGGUACGGUCUGUGACCAGAAGGCCUGCCACCCCAUGUGCACCAAGAACGGAGUCUGCAAGGAGGGCAAGUGUGAGUGCAACCAGGGCUGGACCGGAGAGCACUGCAACAUCGGUAGGUCUACUGAAGAAUACAUACGCCUACAAUGGCCAUACACAUACACAUGAAUACAUCAUUUGGGUCGACAAUGAAAGACAUUGUUACAAAGAAGCACACACAUUUCCUCUCACACACACACACACCUCUACUUCUGAAGCUGUCUUUUCAUCCAUGAUUCCCCCAGCUCUCACACCACGGAGGACUCCAACCUGUGUGUCCAAAUGGCUUUGAACAGCCAGCUGAAGUAGCAUCUGAUCCCACUCUCCUCCUCUUUCCUCUCUAACCUCUCCAUCCCCCUCUUUACAAGGGCCUGGCUAACUCCCUCCCACUCUUCAGUCUGUUCUUUGUAGUCACUCACGUUACCUGUGUUAAGAAGGCCUGCAGAGUCCCCGUGGGCCACUGCUAACCUUUAACCUCAAUCAAAACACUGACAUUUACUGUAAUUGAGGCAGUGUGGAGAAGAUAGACUGUGUGUGUCCAGUUCCAAACUCUCCGUUUUAACAAGAGGGUCUAGAGCAGGGUUGUAAAUGCCUGGCGCGUUGCUGUUUGGCUUUUAACAAACACCAAACACUGAAACAGGCCAAAGCCUCCUCUGUACGAUCCAGAGAUACGAGCCUGAAGAGAGCUGAGAAAUCAUGUUUGGUUAAUUGUUUCCCUCUCAACCCCAACAUCACUAAACGGCCUUAAUUGUUAUCAAGCAAAUCUUGUUUUGUCCGCUGAUUCCCUGAUAUUACGUCGGUUGCGGAGCAGAAUGCACCUUCUCUCCUCACACACACAGAACUCAUGUUAGGUUCUGCCUUGAUCUCUGCAGCACAAACUCAGUGGGGGUGUGUUCUGAGGCGCCGUGCCGCUUCACUCAAUCAGUCAACAUUGUGGAGCAGAUCUCGUUGACAGAAGGAACGGGCCCCCAU